AUGCCCCAGGAGUUCCCAAGGGUGGACCUGGAGCAUCCCAGCGACAUUGACUUUAUCAUAAAUGCCGUUUUACGGUACGCCACAGAUGUAGGUCACGAGCGCUUGCGUACGCGCGGUCGCGGUGCAGCAGCGCUCGAGGGCACGCUCGAGCAAGCUCUAGCGCGGUGGGUUUAUGCGGCGCGCGCCCGUUUGAUCCCCAACGUACACAUCAAUGGGCUUUCCCUGUCAGACUAUGCGAAACAGUCAGCGGGUAGGUCGCGUCCCACUCACAACAGCGAUGGAACCGUUUGA